AAUUUUAUUAAUAAAAACGAUUAGUAACGUGUAACCGUAGCCGUUGGAUAUAUAUUACACCUACACGUGCAAUGCAACCAUCUUUCGAUCGCACAAAAAGCAAACGAAAGGCCAAGAGAAGAGCUCGAGAUCGAUCCGAAUUUGUGGCAAAAUCAGAUUCUCUGGGUACACAAAGUUUUCUCUUCACUUUCAUCUUUUUCUUCAUAUAUUAUUAUAUUCGAUUUUGCAUCCUGCUCUGUGAGUGUUCUUCUAAUUCCAAUCACUAUCUCUGACUGAUUCAUGUUUUCAGUCUCAUGUGUUUCAUUAUACUUUUGUUGAAUUCAAUUACAGGUUUUGAUACUCCAUAGAUAGAGUGUGUACAAUCUGUACUUAUUUAGUGAUGAUCCACUUUUUGUAUUCUUUAAUUGAAUUUGAGAAAUCAUAUUGAAUUAACGAAUAUGCUAACUUCAGGAAGACGAUAUUAGCAAUCAUGGAGCGUCUAACAUCUCCUCCUCGUUUGAUGAUUGUCUCUGAUCUUGAUCAUACUAUGGUUGAUCAUCAUGAUCCUGAGAAUCUAUCUCUGCUGAGAUUCAAUUCGUUGUGGGAACACGCUUAUCGCCAUGACUCUCUUCUUGUGUUUUCUACGGGAAGAUCACCGACAUUGUAUAAAGAACUCAGAAAGGAGAAACCUUUGUUGACCCCUGAUAUUACCAUUAUGUCUGUAGGAACUGAGAUUACUUAUGGUAACUCUAUGGUUCCUGAUCAUGGUUGGGUUGAGGCUCUGAACAAUAAAUGGGAUUUGGGUAUUGUCAAACAAGAAGCUAGCAACUUCCCUGAGUUAAAGCUUCAGGCAGAAACUGAGCAGAGGCCACACAAGGUUAGCUUUUAUGUUGAAAAGAGUAAGGCUCAGGAAGUUACUAAGGAGCUAUCACAGAGGUUCCUGAAACGUGGGCUGGAUGUCAAAAUAAUUUACAGUGGAGGUAUGGAUUUGGAUAUUUUACCACAAGGUGCCGGAAAGGGACAAGCGCUUGCAUAUCUGCUGAAGAAACUGAAGACUGAGGGGAAACUCCCUGUCAAUACUCUUGCUUGUGGCGACUCUGGGAAUGAUGCUGAGCUGUUUAGUAUUCCCGAUGUUUAUGGUGUUAUGGUAAGCAAUGCUCAAGAAGAGCUGUUGAAGUGGCAUGCUGAAAAUGCAAAAGACAACCCUAAGGUAAUCCAUGCAAAGGAGAGGUGUGCAGGUGGGAUUAUACAAGCCAUUGGUCACUUCAAGCUUGGUCCGAACCUUUCUCCAAGAGAUGUCUCUGAUUUCUUAGAGAUCAAGGUGGAGAAUGUGAACCCUGGUCACGAGGUUGUGAAGUUUUUUUUGUUCUACGAGAGAUGGAGACGGGGCGAGGUUGAGAACUCUGAGGCAUACACAGCAAGCCUCAAAGCUUCAGUUCACCCCGGUGGUGUGUUUGUCCAUCCAUCUGGUACUGAAAAAUCUCUGAGAGAUACCAUCGAUGAGCUGCGCAAGUACCAUGGAGACAAACAAGGGAAGAAGUUUCGCGUUUGGGCAGAUCAAGUCCUGGCAACAGACACUACUCCUGGGACAUGGAUAGUAAAGCUUGAUAAAUGGGAGCAAGAUGGGGACGAACGAAGAUGCUGCACAACAACUGUCAAAUUCACCUCAAAGGAAGGGGAGGGAUUGGUGUGGGAACAUGUACAACAAACCUGGUCGAAAGAAACAAUGGUGAAGGAUGAUAGCAGCUGGAUCAUCUGAGUAACAUCAUCUCUCUACAGAUUAAGACUUCUUCUUCUCUUUCUCGUCUUAUGAUCUCUGCCUUAAAUCAUUGGAACUUCGGUAUAAAAACACAUGAGAUCCAAUAAAACAUUGUCUUCAUAAAACUUGGAUCUCAAAACUCAUUCUACAAUCCAUAUUAUCUAUAACUCCAAGUUAACACAGUUUUCUUUGUAUACCCCUUUAUAGUAUAUGAUAUUAUCCAUUUGGCAUUUUUUUGAAUUGAUUAAGUCAAUUCAUUAGUAUUAGUUUACAUAUAAAAUCACAUAUUUAAAGGUCUAAAGUCUAUUAUAAUCAAUUCUCUCAAAUAUUACUACUCCACUUGGACUUCGGAAAAGCUUAUUCCUAAUUGGAUUACGAAUUAGUGUAAUCCCCUUAUAAAAGAAUUUAUUCACCUUAUAGAAAGACAUAGC